AGCCAAACAUUGCAUCACAUCCUGAAGCCUUUCCGCUGUGCCAUUUACGUUCAUGACACCUCGAGUCCCUUUGCACAUCUUGCAAAGUUCAACACUACUUAACUUCGUGUCGUCACAAGGCAGGUCAUGAAGACUGAAAGCGAAGCUCCGAAGACACCAACACCCACGCAAACUCACGCGCAGACUUCGUACACUGCACAAUGGGGUACCACACACAUACCAAUUGAUCCUGCGCUUCAGCAACAAUCCCAACACGCCACGACAACUCCAUAUUCCUACCAAUAUACUCACCACUAUCCUCAAGCUGCGUAUUCGCAUUAUUCAUAUGUCCCACAACAAGCCCAAGCCCAAGUACAGAGACAGCAGACCUCAACAACUCCUGUAACAGGAGCAACUACUCAGGCCGCAAAUGCCAAUAGUGGGAUGGAUACCGCCGACGUUGCAACCUUGAACGAUGCUCUUGGAAGCGCGGGUGUUGAUCUCCGGGCGGAGGAGGAAAGCUUGCAGAGGUCCCAUGACUCGCAUCAGUCAUAUCGAACCUUUGAAGACAGAUCACGUAAACAACCAGCUACUCCUUCCUUUGACACACGAUUUCUUGGCGCCACUAUGCGUACCAUUGGCACGGAACACAAGGUGACAAAAAUCCCGGAAGACUCAGUGAAUUAUUUGGCAAUCGCUCUCCGUGCCCGUCUACAAGACCUCGUUACUGCGAUGAUUGCUGCAACCUACCACCGUACGGAUACCCAGUUCGACCGCCCGGCAUGUCUGUACGAUAAUGGCACCCCGAUGUGGAGCAUAGUCGUACAAAAGCGCAAAGAACGCGCUGACCUGGCCGCUGCACACGCCGCUAACCUAUCUGCGCAGGCUUCAGGUGGCAAUGCCAUGGCCGUUGACGGAGAUGAGGAGGGAGGUGCGAAGAAAAAGAAGAAGAAAGAGGGGCCUGGUGUAACGGCGAGGAAUAUGUCUGAAGAUGUGCGGAAAAAGAUGUCGAACGCUGUCGCAAGUCAGGCUGCUGGACUUGGUGGGAAGUAUGCAUGGAUGAAUGCUGCAAAUUCCUCUGCGACAAGUGGUAAACCGAAGCCUGCGGCAUCUUCUGCUGCUGCAACAAGUCCAGCUACCACCACGACCCCUGCGACUACCACAGCUCCUGCAGCAUCAACGACUGCAACAACAUCCUGGGCGCGACCGUAUGUAGGAAAGAAAGGCAGUCCGACAUCACCGCUGACGGGAGAGGAUGACGAUCGGAUGCCAGUCACAAUGCGUGAUGCGAUGUUCGCCAUAGAGAAGGAAAGAGGUCAUGGAGGAGGUCGCGGAUCCGCCCGCGGAUGGUCGUAGCUGGUUGUGCUUUCUAAUGUUGUUGUUUCGAUCGAUAUCGUCUGCAUGGCUAGUCGUUUGUUUUCUCUGUUUCGUACCUACACUUUACUUCUAAAUAACCUGCCGCUGGCGAAAGUUUGAACUGAGACACUGAAUGCAAAUU